AUGUUUUUUUUAUUUUAGACCACUGUGAAUGGAAAGCAUGUGAGUCAUGCAUACCAGAAUGGAGACUUCCGUAUAACCUCCACCGGUAUAGAGACAGUGCUUGUCAUCCCUGAAAUCCAUGCCAAGAUCACCUUCUCAGGGCUCAUAUUCAGUAUCUACCUGCCCUAUAGUAAAUUUGCUGGCAACACCGAGGGACAGUGUGGCACAUGUGACAACAACCGGACAGAUGACUGCAUGUUGCCAAGUGGCAAAAUUGAUCCUUCAUGUCCUAAUAUGGCACACGAGUGGCAUACUAACGACAGUUACUGUGAACAAAUUUACCACCCACCUACAACUACGCCUAUGUCUACGACUAGCCCCUGCGAUACAACCAUAUGUGAGAUCAUUAAGGGCAGUGUGUUUGAAGCUUGCCACAAAGUUAUUGACUACACUCCAUUUGUUUUGGCGUGUGAGUUUGACAUUUGCCACAUGCACAUAAAUCACGUUGGCUGCACCAGCUUACAAACCUAUGCUGAUUUCUGUGCUGAGUCUGGACUGUGUAUUGACUGGAGAAGUGCCACCGACGGACUCUGUGAAUAUAAAUGUCCAAGUCCCAAAGUCUAUCGGGGGUGUGGCUCUCAGGUGGAGCCUACCUGUGAUUCCUGGUACAACCAGAAAUUCAUCUAUACUGUCAAUGAGUUCAGUGCCAUGACAAAUGUGAAGCAGGAGAGUUGCUUCUGCCCAGAUGGCUUCUUCCUCCUCUCUUCCAGCUCUAAUGAAUGUGUGCCCACCUGUGAAAUUUGUCGGCUGUCAAAUGGAAGUUGGACACAGGCCAAUUCAACGUGGAGAGAAAACUGUAAUGAGUGUAUAUGUGAGGAGGACACACUGCAGGUCAGCUGCCAUCCCGUGUCCUGUCCAACACAGCCGCCCCUCAGCUGUGACAAAGAGGGUCAGGUCAAGGUCACUGAAACAGCUGGCUGCUGUCAAAAGGAGAAGUGUGAAUGUGAUGGGACGCAGUGCUCUGGUCUUGUGCCGUCCUGUCCUCUUGGUUUUAUUCUAAGCAGAACUAAGGAAGUCUGCUGUUGGAAAUACUCCUGCGUGCCUAAAAAGGAUGUGUGUGUUUUCAACAACCACGAAUACCAGGUUGGAGACCUGGUGCCCAUGAAGCCAUGUGAGAAGUGCAGUUGUAGUAACAAGGCCAAUGCCAAUAGCCCCCUGCACAUUAUAGACUGUGAGCCUAUACCCUGUGACGCCAACUGCCCUGUGGGUUAUGAGUACCAGAUCAGCGCUAACCAGUGCUGUGGGAAAUGUGUCCAAACUAGUUGCAUUGUCGUGCUGUUGAACGCCACAUACGCAUUAAAGCCUGGCUCCAUUUGGACUCCUGCUGGGAACCCCUGUGUGAAGUUUGAGUGUGUGAAGAUCGCUAAUCAGUUCAUCACCAUAGAAGCCAAGACAAUCUGUCCCCUCUACGACCCUAAUGCAUGCAUACCGGGAACAGAGACCAUAGCUCCAGAUGGAUGCUGCCAUGUCUGUAUUCCAAAGGGUGAGCCAUGCAGUGUGUCCACCACACCUGUGUACCUGGAGAGCCAGGGCUGCCAUGCCAAAGACCUGGUCAAUGUCACAUCCUGUAGUGGAGCAUGUGGCACCUUCACCUUCUACUCUACCAAAACAAGAUCCUUGCAGCACACCUGCUCCUGCUGCCAGGAGCUGGCUACAUCUGAGCGCCAGGUCCAGCUCUCCUGCCCUGACAACACAGAGAUCACUUACACCUACACCCACAUUGACAGCUGCGGGUGCCUCAAGACCGAGUGCUCUGUGCCUGGCCACAGGGAAUUGGCAACCACUCCCCCCAGCAUCAAGUCACGUCGACGCAGGAGAUAAGGCAAAAACCAGGACAAGCAUAUGCAUUGGCCACUUAUUUGAUUAGCAUUAAUUUAUAGGACCGUAAAUGAAGUUAUAUUUGAUUUAGCAUACAUAGUUCAUAAAUAGAGGAUUUAUGUAUCAGUGUACUUAGUUUUAGCUUGAUAAGAUUGUAAACCCACAAACAUCUCAUCAAUAAAGAUUAUACUGCAGCUGCAAUACUGU